AUGUCCUUCGAAGCGCUCGACGUGCUCGAGGUUCCGGCUCUUCCGUCGCUGAACCUCGAGCGCAAUCAUCAGCUCGUCUCAUCAACCUUUCUCUCCGCAUCCAACAGUGCGCUACCUGGACCACAUCGUAUCAAUCACAUUGUCGAGGAUGUUCAGCGGGGCAUCGACCCUGUUCUUGAGUCUUUCUCCAAGCGAGCAACCACCUACGAGAUUGACUCAAUACACACAAUCGAACAGUCACGUUACUUCCACUCAAUCUACCGUGCCUCGAGCAGCGAUGACCGCCUCGACUCUUCUCCAGGCCCUUCAAGGCGGCCUGUCCGUCGGUCAGCUUCCGACUCGAGUCUGAGCUCACUCGAUUCGUCUUGCUGGGAACAAGAUUUCCGAUCGGGACAUUCACCAGCAACAGUCAAGUUCAGAGGCGCACCCGCUAAAGCGAGGAUUCUCGAUCUCGCCGUUGCAGAGACGUACACAUCGGACAGCAAACAAGAUACACUGGAAGCCAUCCACGAAUUAGCAUUACAAGACAGCUCGCUAAGCUCAUCCAAACAGCACCUCGCCCCCGUACACCCAAUUCAAGACGUUCUGCGCUCGCUCGUUACCACCGCAACCACAGGCACAUCAUCAUAUCACUUUCAAUGGGAUGCCGAUUCCGCCUCCUUCGUAUGGGCAGCUACUCUUCAGCACCAACAAGACGCGCGUCAGCUGCGCAGAAAGGCCAAGGAGCAAGCGGCACUUCACGCAUCCUUGGCUGCUGCGGGCGAAGAUAUUGCAGAACAGCCGCAGCUGGCGCCCGCGUCGACUUUACCUUGGAUUGGGUCAGAACGCAUCGUGGGCUGGAGCCAGGCCGCUUCCGAUAGCGUCGUUCGCCCCUUCCUCGACAUCGGUGCUCUGCUCCGUCGCAUCGACGACCGUACGCUUGCGAUACACCGUUCUGCAGCGUCACUUUGCAACGAAGCUCCUGCAGUGGCUGCUGCGCUCGACACAGUGGUCACUUGGUUUAAAGGCGAGCUGACAGCACAAACAUCCACUCUCGCAGCGAAAACAUCUUCACACCCAGCCGCUGCGUCCUCUGCCGUGCUCAACGCUCGGGCUGAACUCGACACGUGCUUCGCUGUGUUCAAAAGUCUCGGAAACCUUCUCUCUUGCGGUCAACCUCGACUCCCACCCUUCCGCCCGCUGGCAUGGCUUGAGUCGACGCACGCCACCCUCUCGCAUCUGCACGCCCAUCUCGCUGCUUCGCUUGCGUCCGGUGCGCCGUCGCUGCCGUCAGCAGUACUCGCCUACCUGCUUGAUCGAACAAGCAUCACAUGGCGCCAGCAGGUUGCGCGCUGGGUCGGCUUCCCAGGCUUCGAAUCCGUCAGAACGGGUGAACUCGACGACCGACCUCCUGCCUUGAAAGCCGACUCGAGCUCAAAUGCAGCCAACAUCUUGACGCCCUGGAGCGGUGCCGUUGUCGACUGGUCGCUCGACGAGCGUGGAGAGGAAGAUGUCGGGUAUACGCUCAAGCCUUCCGCUGUGCCUAGCUUCCUCCCCUUUCGCCAUGCGAGAGCGUUUCUCGAGGCAGGUAGAGCGCUGCGAUUGCUCAAAAAGGCGGCGCCGGCCGACCAUCCCCUCGUGCAUCAGUGGUCGUUGGACGCACAGGAGAAGGUAUCGGCUGUACGUGUCGAUUUGCCGACGUGGAGAUGGUCGCUACACGAGAGCCAGGCGCAGGUGAAUGCGGUGGACGACCACAUCGUGCAGUUUAAACGCGAGAUCGCGAGGUGGCGCAGACAGAGGCGUAAGGCAGCAAAUGGAAGUGUGGGUUCGGUGAGUGGUGUGUCGUCGCCACUGAGCUCGAGUGUGCUACUGGGGCAGCCCGCAGAGGACGCUGCACCACCCACCAACACGCUGCCAACCAGCAAAUUGCCGUUCGAGUCUUCGAUUGAGGAUCAGAUCGCACGCAUGUCUCAACUCUUCGGCGCUUUGCCCGGCAGUACCUACGCCGACGCUCGCGAACUACCUCCGACUGCAAAACAACAACAGCAACCUGCUCCCCUUUCGGACUCAGCGCCAGCCGAGAACGAAGAACAAUCGCUCUUGAUCUACCUCUCCAACGCCGCCUGCCCCGCUGUCCCAGAGCACGCCAUUUCGCAAUCCUCCUUUGAUCGAGUCACCCAAAACAGCCUCGUCGCACCCUUCGAAAGCUGGGCCCGCCUCAUCAACAUGUCGCUCAUCAGUGUCUUCUUCCGCGAUCUCGGGUUAGGCACCUACCUCGAAACAUGCAAGCGAUUCCUGCUGCUCGGAAGCAUCCAUUUCGAGCGCCAGGUGGUGUCUAGCCUGUUCGACGUCGAUCAGGCCAGUGUGCUGGACGAGGCGUCGGCGGGCUCGGGAAGGGCUGUUGUGGCGAUGAACAGACGGCUGACGGCGGAAGGGGUGUGGCCGCCGAACGACAGUUUGUUGUCGUCCGCGCUGAACACGGCGGUCAUUGAGACGGUGUCAGGGAUGCGAGGGGCGCAUGAGGAGAUGUUGCGGCGGAGUGGGAAGGGGGAAGAUGCGGUGUCGCUCGCGUUUAGGGAUCUGGACGAGCGGUUGAGUUUUGCUAUUGUGGAGCCACGUUCGGUGAACAGCAAGGCGAAAAGUGGUAAAGGCAAACCGGCAUGGACCGACCCAUCGUCGAUCGACGCGCUCGACUGGCUCACGCUGUCGUUCCACCCGCCUCCGCUCAUCUCCCCACUUCUGACGCAGCUGGCGCAGUCGAGGUAUCAACGGCUGUGGAACAUGCUGCUGCGCAUCAAGCGGUGCAAAGUGGCCAUGCGGACGAGUUGGGUGAGUACGUUCAAGUCGACGAGCGCGGCGUUUACGUUUGAUUUUCGAACGCGCUCGGUGAUGCAGCAGAUGCGAUGGGAGUUGAACUGUUUCUUGGAUUCAUUCGGAGGGUUCGUGGAGGAGGUUGGGGUCGAGUCGCAUUGGAGUGGAUUCAUGCUCAGGUUGGAUAGGGUGAGGCGGGAGGUUAGUGAAGAGUUGGUCUCGCGCAGCUCUGCUCAUGGUGCCAUUGAGGGCAGUGCUGUGGAGGGAGGGGAUGGAGAUCUAGACGAGGAAACGCUAGAGGACGAAGAGCGGGCAGCACUGAUGACGUCCAACUUGGAGCUGAAGGAUGUCUUCUCGCUGGCGCGGUAUCACGAACGUAUCCUCGACCGGAUGCUGGCCACGUGCUUCCUCAAGUCGAAACAACGGCGAGUGCUCAACAUUCUCAACGACCUCCUCCAGACCGUGCUGGAUUUCUCACAGCUCUGCAUCGACUUCCACACCCCUGCGUCGACGGAGGUCGAACCACCGACGUACGACGACUUCAACAACCUGUACCGCUUCUUCCGCCAGCGCAUCGACACGUUCAUACAAGCUCUGGUCAUUCUCAAAAGCCGCUCGCCCGCCGCUGCCACUACCACAGCCCAUCAAGAUCAGGAUCGAGACGACGUGCAGGCAGAGGGGAGAUAUGGAAAGAGAAGAGGCGACGUCGAGGCGGAGAAAGCGAGAUUGGCGCAGGACGAGUUGCAGGAUCUGAGGCUGUUGGAUGUGGACGAAGCGGGAAGGAGCGUGGAGGGCGUGGAACAGGAAAGCGCGAGCAGUGUCGAGGUUCUGCUGGGCCGCUUGAACGCCAGUGGGUUCUACGCCGAGAUGGAUUUGUAG